UGUGACAAUUUAGCUAACACAACGUAACCAUCUCAAGUGUCCAAUACAACGGACUGUAAAACCGCAGACUAACUUGGUAUUCAGCACUCGUUUCAACUGCUCACCACAAAUGCAACAGAAACGGAUAUCAAAUGGUAGAAAACAGAUUGUCAACAAAACGGAACCGCUGAGAGGACAGGGCCAGAGAACAGUCAUAUGAGGCUAAUGCAGGAAGUAACUGCAGCCCUACGGAAUCAUAGAAUACUGUUCCACCUCUUCUCUCCUUCUCCAGGAGCAUGCCAUCUGAACCUUGUGUCAGCAGAGGAAGGAUGGCCUUCUCUGUGAUGUCAUCCUGGUCGCCGGCGACCAGAAGUUCCAUGCCCAUAAAGCAGUGCUGGCGGCCUGCAGUGAUUACUUCCGGGCCAUGUUCAGUCUGUGCAUGGUGGAGAGUGAGGCAGAUGAGGUGACUCUUCAGGGAGUGACAAGUGUGGGACUGAAACAUGCACUAGACUUUGCCUACACAGGACAGGUGAGUCUACAGUAGCACCUUCACCUACAGCUAGCCACCACAUGUCCUCAAGUCACACACAGAUACUGAAUUGUACACACAAACAUAGCUCACAAAUAUCCAGGCUAACACAAACUAAGAGUGACAAUUUUCAGCUUUUCAUUAGCUGAUUUAAAGCUAUAGCCCAGCCAUACUCAACUGGCGGAUCGCGGCCCGGAUACUUGACCCCUAGGGGGCCCCCAUUCAUUUUGUUGAGUCACUCCGGUAUCAUAUGAACGCACAUAAAACAUGAUAUACUGUGUGCUUUAAAAUGAAGAAUCUUUCUCUCCGCCAAGAAGAGGGGUGUGAGCAGUUAGCAGUCAUAUGAGUCGCGAUGUGGCGGUUUGUUACUAUGCUGAUAAAUGAUAAUAUCCAUCCGGACUUUUGCCACCUAGUACAUUUGUGUGACUGGACCUUCUAAAGUAGUGGGUGAGUACACCUGCUACAACCUAUGCAUGGAUGUAAUAUCUAACCUAACCUGACCCUACAGUAUGCCAGUGAUUCCCCCCCCCCUCUCCUCCCUCCCUCCCCCCCUUUCUCUCUCCUCCCGCUCUCUCUCGCUUUCUUUCUCUUGCCUAUCUCUCUUACCCCCCAUCUUUCUCUCUCUCUCUCUCUGCGGCGAGGAGUCAGGAGACCUGUGGCCCAGCAGUGAGAGGCUGGCUAGCUCGUAAUUAUUCCUAAUUGCAUUUCCACAGUGGAAAUGAGCAGGGGGAGUUGUGUCGAUGUAGGUCAGCAGCCGGCUGCCGUUCCGUUUCUUUCUGCUGAGAUGAUGAGAAGAAGUCACCUUCAGCUGCUGGAGCUGCUCAGUCUCUGCUCACACUACCUCAUCCAGGAGCUGAACAGUGUUAACUACCUGGACCUGUACCGUGUUUCUGAUCUGUUCCACCUCCCUCCUCUGGAGGAGGCUGUGGUCAGCUUCCUGGUAGAACACCUGUGUGAGCUGCAGCAGAGCUGCCUGGAGGAGGUGCUGCUGCUCCCCUACCGCCUCCUCAGGGAUGUGUUGUUGCUCAACGAGGAGGAGAUCUGGCAGCUGGUGGUGUGCUGGUUAGAGCAUGACUGUCGCUACCAGUACACAGAGGACCUGAUACAGCACGUUCGUUACGGCCUCAUGAACGUGGCCGCCCUGCACCACGUGGCACAGUGCCACCCGCUGGUCCAGUCCAGUGCCCCCGCCGCCGCCCUAGUGGACGAGGCUCUAGAGUACCACCGAGCCACCUUCGCCCAACCCCUCCGCCAGACCGCCCACACCAAGCCCCGCUUCCAGUCUCUCACCCUCUACAUUGCCGGUGGGCACAAGCGCGAGGUGAGCCGCGUGCGGGAGCUGCGCUACUUCAACCCAGCCGCCCAGGAGAACGUGCGCGUGGCCGGGUGCUCCAACUGGAGCGAGCUGGCGCCAAUGCCCGCUGGGCGCAGCCACCACUGCGUGGCCGUCAUGGCCCACUUCCUGUUUGUCGCGGGUGGCGAGGUGGAGCAUUCCACGGGGAGGACGUGUGCGGUGAGGACAGCUUGUCGGUAUGACCCCCGGGGGAACCGCUGGACGGAGAUAGCCUCCAUGAAGGCGUGCAGGGAACACUUUGUCCUGGGGGCUCUGGGCCAGUACCUGUACGCGGUGGGGGGGAGGAACGAAUUGAGACAGGUGCUGCCCACCGUGGAACGCUACUGUCCGAAGAGGAACAAGUGGACCUUCGUCCAGUCCUUUGACCGCUCGCUGUCCUGA